AUGGUUAAUUUUUUUGCCUCUUACAGUAAUAAUUCAAGGGGUAAGUGUAAUUUAUCCCCAUAAAAACUCUCUCCCUCUCAUCCGCUCUGAUGAGCUUCAUGUUCCGGAUGCUUCAAGCACGUCUUCUUUCUCUCCCUAAAGCUUACGGUCCGUUAUCAUCACUGCCCGGAAGUUUCUACAGAGCUCAUGGACGAAAUUUUACAUUUACCUACAGCUCAAAUACUUGCAUAACUGAGAUGCUUCAGGACUAUGUGGAAGUCUCAUCAAAUAGAAACACACUUAAGGGAUUUAGGACUUUAUGUACUGGCCAAGAUUUGUCAACCAAGGAGUGUGUACCAUGCAGCUCGAAGGAUUUGAGGCCCAUGGCUGAAGAAGCAGCAAAUGAGCUAGUUCAAAAGGUUCCUAAAUGGAAUUUGGUAAAUGAAGAUGGGACGUUGAAGCUUCAUCGAUCAUGGAAAGUAAAGAGUUUCACUAAAGGAUUGGAGUUUUUUCAGGCUGUAGCUAAUGUUGCAGAAGCAGAAGGUCAUCAUCCAGAUCUUCAUCUUGUUGGAUGGAACAACGUAAAAAUUGAUAUAUGGACGCACGCAGUUGGUGGCCUGACAGAGAACGAUUUCAUACUUGCCGCUAAGAUCAGUGGGCUUGAUGUGCAUCAUCUUCUGAGUAGGAAAGCUGCUAAAUGAAAUGGGAUGCUCUGUUGUGAAGUUUGAGCAGUUACUCACUACCUCUCUGAAAUUGAAGGCUCUUGCAUGUAUUUCCCUUAUAUAAGUAUCUUUUUUUAUUUUUGGUUUUGUGUUGGAGCUUGAAGUUCAAGCAUUGCCAUGACUCAAAAUAUACAUGGCAAUAUGGUUAGUGUAGCCACGGGUGCUGAUGAGGUUGCUGGAAGGACGCGUGAAACAAUAUUUCCAAUACGCUGCAUUUUGGCCUGCACACUAUCACCUAUAAACAUCUGAAUUUUCAGAUAUUAACUGUUCAAACACUAUCAUUCGUUGAUAUAUCCUGAUGAGUUCUUUGCUCAUGUUUUGAC